AUGUACAGUAAUCAGUUAAGUGGGAUGCUGCCAAUUACCAUGAAAAAUUUGGAAAAGCUGCAAGGGAUAGAUCUUCAAGAUAACAAGUUGAGCAAAACCUCGCUUGAUUAUCUAUGUGUUUUGCAGAACUUGGCUGUACUAUAUCUGGGAGGAAAUCAAAUUUCGGGAUCUCUUCCAGAGUGCAUAGGAAAUGUUACUUCUUUGAGAUAUCUUUACCUAGGUUCCAACCUGUUAAACUCUAGUCUGCCUACCACUAUAUGGAACCUAAAAGAUUUGUUAGAGCUUGACCUCUCUUCAAACUCACUCAGUGGAACUUUACCUCCCGAGAUUAGGAACUUAAAGGCAGCAAUUUUGAUUGAUUUGUCAAUCAAUGAGAUCUCAAGUAGUAUUCCUAGCUCCAUCGGAGAUUUGGUGAACUUGCAGAACCUUUCUUUGGCAUACAACAGAUUGCAAGGAUCAAUUCCGGAAUCAAUUGUCACGACUCUGAGCUUGGAAUGGUUGGAUCUUUCACACAAUUAUCUCACAGGUGUGAUUCCAAUGUCAUUGUCGAACCUUCGGUAUCUUGUACACUUCAAUGUGUCUUACAACAAUUUAAGUGGCGAAAUACCGUCCAGGGGCCCUUUUACAAACUUUACUGGAGAAUCCUUCAUUUCAAAUGAAGCACUCUGUGGAGCACCUAGGUUCCACGUUCCCACAUGCCCAGGUAUUUCAGGUGGCCGAUUGAGGACCAAAAAGCUGCGUAGAACUAUAUCUGUUGCACUUGGAGCAUUUAUAUCAGUUGCGGUUGCCAUAUUCCUGGGAUUCAUUUAUCUAAGACGCGCAAAGAAAGAACAAGUUGCCAGUGCAGGAGUUCUAUCGUCAGUUGCAACACAGGAAAGAAUCUCAUAUUAUAAACUUUUACAAGCAACUGACGGGUAUGAUGAGAGCAAUCUGUUGGGCACAGGAAGUUUUGGAUCAGUUUAUAAAGGCACCCUUGAUGAUGGGAGGAUUGUUGCUGUUAAAGUGUUUAAACUGCAACAAGAAGGAGCAUUCAAUAGUUUCGAUGCAGAAUGUGAAGUAUUGCGUAGCCUUCGUCAUCGAAAUCUGACGAAAGUCAUUAGCAGCUGCUCAAACGAAGACUUUAAAGCAUUAGUGCUUGAGUUUAUGUCCAAUGGAAGUCUUGAGAAAUGGUUGUAUUCCCAUAACUAUUUUCUCGAAAUCAAGCAGAGAUUAGACAUAUUGAUUGAUGUGGCAUGUGCACUGCAAUAUCUCCACUACGGUCUUUCAACACCAGUGGUUCAUUGUGAUGUGAAGCCCAGUAAUGUCCUACUUGAUCAAGAUAUGGUUGCCCAUGUGACUGAUUUUGGUGUUGCAAAGUUGCUGGGGCAUGAGGACAGCUUUACAUACACCAAAACAUUAGCCACACUUGGCUAUCUUGCUCCAGAGUAUGGACUGGAAGGACAAGUAUCAACAAAAUGCGAUGUUUACAGUUUUGGAAUCAUGAUUAUGGAAGUCUUUACAAGAAAAAGUCCCAAUGACAAAAUGUUUGGCGAAAAUUUGAGCCUGAAGAGUUGGGUGAGUGAUUCUAUGCCAGAUGGACUGGUUCGUGUUGUAGAUGCCAAUCUUCUGAAGCCCAAUCAUGAAAAGUUGGACUGCAUUUCAUCAAUCAUGAAAGUGGCUUUGAAUUGCACAAAGGAAUCUUCAAGGGAGAGAAGCAAUGUGCAUGAAGUUCUUGCAGAUUUGAAGAAGAUAAAAAUUCAGCUACUGCCAUGUUCAAAUUAAAAGGAGGUCCAUGUGCUUCAAAAAUUACUAGUUCCAACUAGUCCAAGCUCUAGUCAUAUUGCAUAUAAAGCCACUUUCAGCAUGUCCUCGUAUGAGCAACUUCCAGCAUGGGGUUGGUCCUCUUGUGUUACAAAUAUCAUACUUCAAUUUGAUAAGGCGACUAUAAUGAAUGUAGUCAGUUUUUUUGGACUUCCAACAACAAACUACGGAAGGCUCAUUGGAACGAUUUGUAAACUCUGAAACCCAACUUUGUCUACAAGAUGACCAGAGACAAGUGCCAUGAUGAAAUAAUUGUGACAAAAACAAUCAUUUCUUGAUAGGACCAAGUGCACAUAAAGUUUUAAGACAGUGACGAUUAGCCUCAUAAAUCAUUAGUGUCAUGCAAAGUUUUCUUAAAAAAAAAAAAAUAGUUCCAUGCUGUCAUAAUAUUACGAGGGUUGUAGAAUUCUAGUUGAUUGGAGGUGAAUUCAUGGACGUAUUUAAUUGAUACUA